CCACGCGAGAUGUAAAAUGCGCCAAAGCUACAAAAAAAAAAUAAACAGGAAGUUAACUAACCUUGAACGUUGGUUCCGGCACCCGCCAAAAAACAAGAAAAAAAUAAGAAGAAUGAAGGACCGUAUGCAGACUCUCCACCCUACUAUUGUCAUUGGGGGUAAACCUCCAGUGAUUUGUGAAAAUGAAAAGUACCAAUGUGCAGUUUGUCAAAAACAUGGUGAAUAUGCAAAUAUUUUUGCACAUGUGCAAACUCAUGAAAGGGCAGCUGUCCAUCAUGGAGGUUAUAAAAUAUUCAGGUGCCUGCGUGGCUGUGUUAAAACGCCACACCACCACUGCUUGUAUUGUGGCCGCACAGUCACCACACAGGACUUCUUCAUAAGGCAUCUUAACACCUGCAGCAAUGUGGUAACCUUAGCCUCCUCCGUCCCUGCAGUCAUAGUCUCAGCUGCCUCCUCUGCCACUCAUGCCACCAGUGACCAUGGAGCCUCCUCAGCCAGUCAUGCCGCCAGUGCCUCACCUUUCUCCGAUGCUACCCGUGCCACUCAUGCCACCUCAGCUGCCUCCUUUGCCACUCACACCACCAGUGCCUCAGCUGCCUCCUCUGCCACUCACACCACCAGUGCCUAUCUUAUUGUAAAGUCAUGA